AAAUCGCAAUGAAUUCGUAACAGGUGUCAACCCUGCGACGAGCGCAGCAAGACUCUCGCAACAGACAGUCCAUGUUGGAGUCAAAGGUGCAAGAACUCGAAUCUUUAACUAAGUCUCUUCCCAGAGGAGCUUCCAUGGGUGCAAUAUCCUCGCACGCAAUGUGUAAUGGCACAACCAACGGUCAUAGUUCGCCAUCACCACCUCUUCAAAACGGCAACCACACUCCCGCGCCGCCCCCUCCACCACCCGCCCCUGCUCCUCCCCCCGCGCCAGUCGCCCCCCCACCGCCACCACCUCCACCUGUGGUUCCCGCCGCUCCCCCACCGCCUCCCGCGCCGGGUCUAAUGGCCCCACCGCAGCAUACAGACGCCAUGACAAUCAAACGGAAAGUCGACACAAAAUAUAAGCUUCCUACUUUGAAUUGGAUCGCUCUUAAGCCAAACCAAGUCCGAGGUACAAUAUUCAACGAAUUAGAUGAGGAGCGACCACGUAGGCGAAUAAACUUUACUGAGUUCGAGGAGAAGUUCCGCAUCGGUGGCGUCUGCACCAGCGGCAGCGUCGACUCUUGCGACACGGACACGUUAGCUUCGUUCCCCAGCAAGCGGUUCAGGAAACCCGACACCGUGUCCCUGCUGGAACACACUAGGUUGAGAAAUAUCGCAAUAUCGAGAAGAAAACUAGACACCCCAGUCGAAAAAGUCAUCGCUGCAGUCAACACUUUAGACCUCAAACAACUGCCACUCGAAAGCGUCGAGAUCCUACAACGAAUGGUCCCAACAGAGGCAGAACAAAAAGCUUACAAAGAAUAUGUAGCUGAGAAAAAACCUAUAAACCAACUCACAGAAGAAGACAAAUUCCUAAUGCAAUUAGCGAAAGUUGAACGAAUUUCCGCAAAACUAUCUAUCAUGAGUUACAUGGGCAACUUCUUCGACAAUAUACAUCUAAUUACGCCACAAAUACAUGCAAUAAUCUCUGGGUCUUCUUCAGUAAAAUCAUCUCAUAAACUAAGAAAUGUACUUGAGAUAAUUCUGGCGUUUGGAAACUACUUGAACAGCAGCAAACGUGGUCCUGCGUAUGGGUUCAAAUUACAGUCUUUGGACACACUAAUGGACACAAAGUCGACUGAUAAAAGGGUGUCGUUGCUGCACUACAUUGUAGGCACGAUACGACAGAAUUUCCCCGAAUUGAUGAACUUCGAUACUGAGUUGCUGUAUAUUGAUAAGGCUGCUCAAGUAUCGCUAGAGAACGUGGUUGCUGACGUGACGGAGCUGGAACGCGGCAUGGAGGCGGUGAAGCGCGAGUGCGACGCGCGAGACGCCCACCGCGCCAACGGGCUCGUGUUGAGAGACUUCAUCAGCAACGCAGCGGACAAGCUGCGCCGAUUACGCGUCGAAACCAAACACGCGCAGGACUCGUUCGCGGCGUGUGUGGAGUACUUUGGCGAGGCGCCACGCAGUUGCGACGCCAACGCUUUCUUCUCGCUGCUCGUGCGUUUCACGAGGGCAUUUAAGCAAGCGGACGCGGAGAACGAACAACGCCGACGCCUGGAACAGGCGGCGCAGCAAGCUGACACUGUCGACCCGAACAAAGCUAAGCUGAUGCAGAAAAAACAACAGGAAGCUGUAAUCAACGAGCUAAAAACGAAAUCUCAGGCUGUCGGCGAAAAGAAACUCCUUCACCAAGACGAAGUAUAUAACGGUGCCUUAGAAGACAUACUACAUGGGCUCCGGAGCGAACCCUACCGACGUGCGGAUGCCGUACGAAGAUCCCAUAGGCGCCGCAUCAACUCACACAGACUCUCAAAAGGAUUAGAAGAACUGGAUGUAUGAUACGAACCAGGUUCCAGUGACGCACUGGAAGAUACAAGUGAAAAGAAACGCCGCAAAGACUUAGAUAUGGUACAUAAGAACAACAAGUCGAUCUCGAUAUACAAUGUUGAUGAUAAAAUAGAUUUUUGCGAGUAUAACGGUACUCUGCGCAAGUCGAAAUCUCCGAAAAGUUCGUCAUAUAAAGUAGCGCCCUCUGACGUCGAGGUGGAGGAGCGAUGUGAGCUAAUCAAAUCUACCUAUGACGUAAUAUCGAAAUAUACACGAGCUAUGUUUGAUAAGCAAAACGAAACCGUCGUUUGAACGAUGUGCCUAUUUUUGUUUAGCGUGUAUUACACAUUUACAGAUUGUGACACGAAUGAACUUACCAAAACUACGUUUUUAAAAUCUUGGUAAACAAUAAUUUACAGUCAUGCUAGAGCUACCCAGUAAUGUUGUAAGUUAACACAAGGAAAAUUUUUAAAAUUAACGCACAAAGAAUGUGAUAUUAAAGCAAUAAAUGUAAGAGUGUAAUACACGCAGACGUAGUAUUUGAUACGCCUGAAAUUCAUUCUAUACAUCGCUAUUCCAGUAUUUUGGUACGGAGGAUUUUUACACGUAAUUUUACUUCUAUACAAAAGCUUAGCUUUUUAGAAUUUAUUCAUGUCCAUAGCGUACCUGUAACACUUUUUGAGUAAUUUUAAAAAGUACCAUUCACAGAAAGUUCACGCCAAUUAUCAUUCAAUACGAGCUUGGCCACUUAUUUAAAUUUUUACCAAUAACCUCGUCGAAUUCAAGCCGUAAUCCACUUGUUUGACAAAAUUUUUACCUACACGAACUUGGCUGUAGUUUUACUAUGUUAAAAAAGACGAUAAAUUUAUACUAAAUGAUAAAUUGAAAUUUGACGGUACGGCUAUGGACGCAUGAGUCCAGCUAGUUUACUAAUGGCCUUGUAAAGUUAACGCACAGUUUUCUAUACCGAUUUUUGAAUAGUCCCAUGUAAUAUUAAAAUAAGGUAGUGCAACAUAAAUGUGUUAGUAAGUUAGAUAUUUCUUGGAUAUGAGUUGGUAAUUUCUGUAAUUUAGACAUACGGAACUUGUUGCCCAUUUCUAUACCUCCAAUGAACACUAUGCCAAUUUUAUUUUUUUGGUCAUUUUAAUGUAAACAGCCAUAUUUAUAGGAAAUAAAAAUAUUUUUCCGAAUUUAAAUCGC